GAGGAGGAAGAUGGCGGGAGGGCGGCUCUGAGGAGACCUCGGCGGCGGCGGAGGAGGAGAGAAGCGCAUCGCCGCGCCGCGCCGGGGCCCAUGUGGGGAGGAGUCGGAGUCGCUGUUGCCGCCGCCGCCGCCGCCGCCGCCGCCUGUAACUGCUGGAUCCGAGUGGGAGUGAGGGGGAGACUGCAGGAUGAAGUUCGCCGAGCACCUCUCCGCGCACAUCACUCCCGAGUGGAGGAAGCAAUACAUCCAGUAUGAGGCUUUUAAGGAUAUGCUGUACUCAGCUCAGGACCAGGCACCUUCUGUGGAAGUUACAGAUGAGGACACAGUAAAGAGGUAUUUUGCCAAGUUUGAAGAAAAAUUUUUCCAAACCUGUGAAAAAGAACUUGCCAAAAUCAACACAUUUUAUUCAGAAAAGCUCGCAGAGGCUCAGCGCAGGUUUGCUACACUUCAGAAUGAACUUCAGUCAUCACUGGAUGCACAGAAAGAAAGCACUGGUGUUACUACACUGCGACAACGCAGAAAGCCAGUCUUCCACCUGUCCCAUGAGGAACGUGUCCAGCAUAGGAAUCUUAAAGACCUUAAACUGGCCUUCAGCGAGUUCUACCUCAGUCUUAUCCUGCUGCAGAACUAUCAGAAUCUGAAUUUUACAGGGUUCCGAAAAAUCCUUAAAAAGCAUGACAAGAUCCUGGAAACAUCUCGUGGAGCAGAUUGGCGAGUGGCUCAUGUAGAAGUAGCCCCGUUUUAUACAUGCAAGAAAAUCAACCAGCUCAUCUCUGAAACUGAGGCUGUAGUGACCAAUGAACUUGAAGAUGGUGACAGACAAAAAGCUAUGAAGCGUUUACGUGUUCCCCCUUUGGGAGCUGCUCAGCCUGCACCAGCAUGGACUACUUUUAGAGUUGGCCUAUUUUGUGGAAUAUUCAUUGUACUGAAUAUUACCCUUGUGCUUGCCGCUGUAUUUAAACUUGAAACAGAUAGAAGUAUUUGGCCCUUGAUAAGAAUCUAUCGCGGUGGCUUUCUUCUGAUUGAAUUCCUUUUUCUACUGGGCAUCAACACGUAUGGUUGGAGACAGGCUGGAGUAAAUCAUGUGCUCAUCUUUGAACUUAAUCCGAGAAGCAAUUUGUCUCAUCAGCAUCUCUUUGAGAUUGCUGGAUUCCUCGGGAUAUUGUGGUGCCUGAGCCUUCUGGCAUGCUUCUUUGCUCCAGUUAGUGUCAUCCCCACAUAUGUGUACCCACUUGUCCUUUAUGGGUUUAUGGCUUUCUUUCUCAUCAACCCCACCAAAACUUUCUAUUAUAAAUCCCGAUUUUGGCUGCUUAAACUGCUGUUUCGAGUAUUUACAGCCCCCUUCCAUAAGGUAGGCUUUGCUGAUUUCUGGCUGGCCGAUCAGCUGAACAGCCUGUCAGUGAUACUGAUGGACCUGGAAUAUAUGAUCUGCUUCUACAGUUUUGAGCUCAAAUGGGAUGAAAGUGGGGGCCUGUUGCCAAAUGAUUCAGAAGAACCAGAAAUUUGCCACAAAUACUCAUAUGGUGUGCGGGCUAUUGUUCAGUGCAUUCCUGCUUGGCUUCGCUUUAUCCAGUGCCUGCGCCGAUACCGAGACACAAAAAGGGCCUUUCCUCAUUUAGUUAAUGCUGGAAAAUACUCCACGACUUUCUUCACGGUGACGUUUGCAGCCCUUUACAGCACUCACAAAGAACGAGGUCACUCAGACACCACAGUGUUCUUUUACCUGUGGAUCGUCUUUUGUAUCAUCAGUUCCUGUUACACCCUCAUCUGGGAUCUGAAGAUGGACUGGGGUCUUUUUGAUAAGAAUGCAGGAGAAAACACUUUCCUCCGGGAAGAGAUUGUAUACCCCCAAAAAGCCUAUUAUUACUGUGCCAUCAUAGAGGAUGUGAUCCUGCGCUUUGCUUGGACUAUCCAAAUCUCAAUUACCUCCAUGACUUUGUUGCCUCAUUCUGGGGACAUCAUUGCUACUGUCUUUGCUCCCCUUGAGGUUUUCCGGCGAUUUGUGUGGAACUUCUUCCGCCUGGAGAAUGAACAUCUGAAUAACUGUGGUGAAUUCCGUGCUGUGAGGGACAUCUCUGUGGCCCCUCUGAAUGCAGAUGAUCAGACGCUUCUAGAGCAGAUGAUGGACCAGGAAGACGGGGUACGAAACCGCCAGAAGAAUCGGCCAUGGAAGUAUAGCCAGAGCAUAUCCCUGCGCCGGCCUUGCCUCGCUUCUCAAUCCAAGGCUCGUGACACUAAGGUAUUGAUAGAAGACACAGAUGAUGAAGCUAACACUUGAAUCCUCUGAAGUCUAGAUUAACGUCCUUGGUUUUCCUACUCUACAGUUCUUUCCUCGACCAACGCAACCUCUAGUACCUUUCCAGCCGAAAACAGGAGAAGACAUAUAACACAUUUUCCGAGCUCUUCCAGAUCGGAUCCUAUGGACUCCAAACAAGCUCACUGUGUUUCUUUUCUUUUCUUCUGGUUUAAUUUUCAUUUUCUACUUUUAAAACAAAUAUUUACUUCAUUUUGCCAAUCAGAGGACAUUUUAAGGAACAAAAACAUAGUAUCUUAUGGAUUGUUUACAAUCACAAGGACACAGAUACCUGUCAGGAUGAAGAACAAGCAUUGCAAGAACCCUCUGAUGGGACGGUACCGAGAUAUCUCGGCUUCCGCUUGGCCCGGUUUUGACUGGUUGAAACCGGACAUUGGUUUUUAAAUUUUUUGUCUGUUUAUGUGGAGAAUUUUUUCCUUUCCUUCAUACCCAGCGCAAAAGCACUGGCCGCACUUGCAGGGAAAGUGCAACUUAGAGCAGUACCUUCAUUCACGAAGCUACUUUUUAAUUUGAUGUAACUUUUCUUAUUUUGGGGAGGGUUGCUGGGUGGGUGGGAAAUAUGAUGUAUUUGUUACAUAUGGUUUUCUCAUUAUUUAUGAAACUUAACCAUAAAAGAAUGAUAUAACUCCUGUACAAUGAAGGUGAUAACAGUGAAAGAAGACAGGGGAAACUAAUGUUGGACAGCAUAUAUGAGGGUUUAGUCCACAAUACCUCUUUCAUGAGACAACUUGCACCAGUUUGACUUUUUCUUUCCUUUCUUUUUAAUUUUAAGCCAAAGUUUUAUUACUAAUUUUUUAAGUUGCUGCUGCUUUAGAAUCCUGAGCAUGUCUCUCAUAACAAAGCAUCCACACACUUCCACACAACCAGUUGAAAUUUCUUUAAGAGCUCUGAUACUUCUUUCUUUAAAGGAACAGAUGUGGAAUACAUUUGCCCAUAUUCCAACCAUAACAACUGAAGUUACGCCUUAUUAAGCUUCAGCAUGUGGGGUAAUUGAAGUACAGCCUUUACUAACUCAGAAUUAGAAGACAGAGCUAUUUCAGAGACUCUCUACACCCUCACUGGAUAGUUUUUCUUCUGGGCCCUCUUACUUUAGCCAGAAUUUGAUCAAAUUAAAAGUCUGUCUUGGGGAAACCAUGCUUUUGAGAGCAUAGAACAAAUUAUCCUUCCUCUUUUACAUUACAGUGAUAAAACAGACCUUGGCAGCCAUUUCUCCCAGCAGUUUUAAAGGAUGAACAUUGGAUUUCAUGCCCCUCAUAUGAUAGAAAAACUGCUUUUAAAAUUUGGGGGGCUUGAACUUGGUUAUACACAAAAAGUAUUUCUUAGAAAUUUCAGACUAUCAUGGUCUGUACAUAAUGCUCAUUUUCACUUCUUUGUCUAAUUUCUUUCCUAUUUCCUAAGUCAUCCAGAUAAGCCCAAAAGCCAUAAGGGAUUUUACUUUCUUGACUGUGGUUGGCAUUGGAUUUAGUAUUCUCACUUACUUAGUAUUAAAAACAUAUGGUUACUACCCCUUAGUAUACCCUUUUGUCAUCAGCUCUUCUCCCAUGUAUCACAAGUCUUUACUCAUCCCUGUCAUAAUUCCAGUAGAUUAAUUAAAGUUCCUGUUACUACCAAAAUUCUGCCAAUUAACUGACAAAUAGUUUCUUUUUAAAGGAGGUGUUUUUUUUCAUCUUUAUUCUUGAUAAGUUCCCCAAAUCUGUUCCCUUCCUGAAUCGAGACUUUUUUUUUUUCUGAAAAAUCAUAAAACUUUGUGGCAUUUAUUGCUUUUUUUGUUUUGCCAAGCAUGUUCCUUGGCCCAAAACUGAAGAAGAGAAGUUUAAUUUGGGUUUUUUUUUUUUUUAGUUUAAAUAAAUUGAAUCAUUUAUAAUAAUCAGUGGUAACAAUUUAGUGACCCUUAAUAGUUUAAAGGUUGCAUUAUUUAUACUUGGGAUUUUUUUCUAACUAUUCUGGUUUUGUACUUUAAAACUAUGGGGGAAAUAUCACUGGUCUGUCAAAAAGUAGCAGUAAUUAUUCCUGAAUUACAUAGGUAAGUCCAGUGGACCAGUCAUUUCCUGUACAAAUAAAAUUGGUGGUACUAAUGCGUAUCCAAAGCAAUUUGAGUUGUCAACUUCAUUCUUACUAGUAAACCUAUAUAGUGACACACAUAAAAUCUUACAGUUGACUUCUGGUAUUUGAAUUCUCCAGUGUUUUUACUUCAGUGUAUCCUAUGACCAAUUUGGUCUUUCUUCAACUAUUAUGAUUCUAGGCCCUAAUCAGUAUUAUUUUUUCAUAGGUAAUACAAUGUUAGAAUGUAUUCAUUUUCUGAUGUUCAUCCUAUCAGCAUAGUCUAUUCAAGAAUGAUAAGGCUUAUGUAACUUUCAACUUACUAUGACAGUUACUCAAAUAUGUAUUUAAACACAACAGCUUUAUGUUCCUCUUAAAGCUGUAAAGAGAAAAGAGGGCUUUUCCUCAUCAGGAGAAAAUGGUUUGGGAGACAGAAUAUAUAUUUAAUUUUUUUCCUCUAAAAAAGGCAUUGUGCAUUUUUCUCUCCUAAGUUCUGUAUGCCCUAGCCGUUGUGAAUGCUAUAUCCUACCUAAAAUUUUAUUGGACCUUCUUGUACGCUGAAACUCUCAAUAGAACUCUUAGGAAAUGAAUAUCACAGAGUCAUUUUAAAGGAGCAGCAAUCUAACCAAAGGUAAAACUUCAUCUGAUUUUAGGUUUAGAAAUUCUAGUUUUACUUUAUUUGAGAAUCACUCAAUUUAAUAUCAGUUAAAAUACUCCCCAAAUGAAUGAAAAGGAAAUAUUAAAAAAAAGAAUAAAAUUCCUUUUUCAUUUUAUGAAAGAAAGUAUGGAAAGCAUUGAUUUGUGUAGAGAAAGCAAAAGACAAAAGUGGCUUAUUUUCUAUGCACAAAUAUGCACCUAUUAUUAAGGCUGCCUAUACUAUUAAAAUGGAGUAAUUGAGGAGGAUUUCAUACCAAUACAGAGAGACAAUAAAAUGAUCAAACAUUAAGUCAUCAUUAAUUAGGUUAUAAUAGUUAUUUCUAAGAUUGGAAAGAUGUUGAAAACCUAUGUGCAUCUUUCUUUUCCGGCAUCAGCCAUUUUUCUCCUUAAGAAACCUGCUUAACUUCAGAUUCAGAAGCAAUGAUGUGAGAGGAGAAUGCCAAUCACCUCAGCAGUAACAUGUAUGAACCCUUAAAGAAGGAAAAUGGAGCCCAGCCCCUAGGAUUUAUGACAUCCCAAUAUUCUCAACGUAAGAGUUCUAAGAUUUUAACAGAUUUUACUAGAAGUAACUUGUUGCUAUAUGGUAUCCUUCUACCAUGAUUUGACCAAAGUACAGUCAUGAUAACUAGAGAAAGCAGUUCAUCCUUUCUUAACUAAGGCAAGUUAAGAAUAGAAAAAAGUAGCCUAUUACUGAGCAUACAGGCAUCAGAUUAACAGACACUUAGUUGAAGAGAAAUAAUUGUGGAGAUAGCAGAGAAGAGCAAAAGGAUGUUGGACCUUGGCAGCCGGGCAGUUAGGAAAGUAUAUGAGCUUGAUGGCAUGGAGGUGACAAUGCCUUGCUGUCUCUCCUUUCAGUGGUUAUACAGCUGGUAAGAGACCUGCCUUUGUUCUCCUACCAUCUUUCUCCACUACUUUGCUUUAUUCAGGAAAUAGUUCUUUAUGCCCAAGUGCAAUUUUCUAAGCAAUGACUAGAAAAAUUUCUUAGUCUAAGAAAAGUAAUUUAGAAAAUAACUAUCCAUGGCAUUACUUUAUUCAAAAACAGGUUUCUCUGAAGUGAUUGCACUUUAUUUGGUAAACAAAUUUCAGAUUAUUGUUUUCUGUAAUAGUUUGCAUGAAAUUUUCUAGCUCAAAAACAUAAGUACUUCUUUCUAUACAACAUUGAAAUUUUUAAAAUUAAGAUAGCUUCUCAGAUUGAAAAAAGUUAUGUUGAAUCUAAGGCUCUCUCAACUACAAAAUCACCAUACUUUUAACAAAUCUAAUUUUAAAAGCCAACAACAAAUAAGAUCAGUGUCACUAGGUUAAGACAGUAGAAGUUCUAGUAGAACUUCAGGAAAAGUUAGGUAAAGAGGAGUAAAUCAAAUUUAUGAGCUUAAUUCAUUUUAUGACACAUCUAACUUUUAUUUCUUGCUUUGGAUGAUUAGCUGAAGCAAGGAAAAUUAAAGAGAUUUUGUAAAUUACUUAAACACUUCAUUUCUGCAUUUCAGGUAUCAGUCUUGAUAGUAAAUCUUAAAAGCUAACUCUCUGCAUUGUAUUUUCAGUCUAUACAAUGUCAGAGCUCAGUGGUAAUGUGGGAUAGAGUUGAUUAUAUUAGAGCAUAAGAAAGUUGUGCUGGCCAAUGCUACAAACCAUUAAUUCAACCAGCAUUAAGCCACACUACUCACCAAAUAUGGAAAAGUAAAAGCAUUUCAUUAGAUUUGGAAGAGCUUAGUUUAAAUGAUAUGAGAAGUUUGCCUGGGAAUGGAGAGGAGCCUCCUGAUGGGAAUGCCUCAUAAUGCCUUUCUGGUAUGAAUUAGCAAAACUCUGAUACUGAGCUGCCCCUUAAAAACAACCUUCCAGAAGGAAUUUGCUUACUCACUGUGGAAGAGGAAGUCAGAGGGACAAGAUUAGAGUUUCCCCUGAAGAGAAGAAAAUCAUUAUACUGCUUUUCAUCUAAAGCAUGUUUCCUUGUAGCAGACCUUUGGUUUAUUUUAUUAUUAAAUCAAAGCCACCUUCAGUUUUGUUUGUUUGUUUUUGUUUUUGUUUUUUUAUGGUGCCAUCAACCUAAGGAGGACAAUCAAAUAACCAACUGUUUGCCUUGGAUUCAGUGUGUCUGCUAAUUACACAGUCUCAUCUUGUAUAACUUGUAUACCUUCAAACCAGUUACUUCUACCAUAUUACCUUAGUUCUUCCUAUGCCCUUUCCUCUGGACCACCACACAUCAGAGGGAAGACUUGCUACCAGGAAGAUGUGGACUUCUAAAAAAGAGCGAGGAUUCCAUCUCACUAUCCCUUUAUCAUUAUCUCUGAAGUCCCUACCCACACUUCCCUGAUGGUCCUGUAGCAACACCAGCGUGAUGGGAAUAGGGAGGAAGAUUGUGGGGAAUCCUGAAUGAGCAUGAUGUUGUUAUUCUUUUGAACUGUAAAGUGAAAUUGUGAGCCACUCACGUUUGCAAAAAGAGCAGAACUCUUAAGCUUUAUCACAUUGUGAAGAUUAAUAUCUUGCUGUUUUCCAGAUUAACACAGAAGCUUGUAUCCAUGAAGAGUAUUUAGGAGGGCAAUAGGGUGUAAAAGGUACCUGUCUUUUUGAAUCCUCUCCCUCUACUCAUGUUUCCUUCACCCCCGCACCAUGUUGUGUUGGUCAAAUGAUACUAUCCUAUGAAACUCUGAACUAUAGUUGUCAAAAGUAACUAUGGAAUGUGAUUAGUCCUCUGUGGGUGCUGCUUUCCCUCUUUUUUCUCCCUUGCUUUCUUUCUUACUCUCUCCACUCCGGUAAAUGGAAAAGGUGACGUCAAAGAAUUGAUGCUUGCUUGGACUCAUGUUGUAUCUGUGACUAUGCUAUUACCUGUCUCCUUUUUCCUUCUUUCUUACAUGGGUAGAAUUCUUACGAAGUGUGGAGUUCCCUUCUUGAAAGUAGGUUAAAUGCACAAUGUGGUACUGUUUUAUAGUUUGUAGAUGGUUGUAUAAAACAAAAAGUUAAUGUGGUUAUGUGUUUUUAAAAGAAAACAAGUGAUUGGUUAAAAAAAA